AUGAAGAGAGAUUCAUCAUCUUCUUCCCGGUGGCAUAAUUUUUCCACAAGAAUUUCAACAUGUUUGGCUUCAGCUUUACUUGAAUGGUUGUUGAUCCUUUUUCUCUUUAUUACGGCUGUUUUCUCUUACGUUAUUACUAAAUUUGCUUCUUACUGUAAAUUGAAAACUCCGUGUUUAUUCUGUUCAAGAAUCGAUCAUGUGUUAGGUAAAGAGAAAAGAGGUUACUAUUUGGAUUUGAUUUGUAGUUUUCAUAAGUCUGAGAUUUCUUCUUUAGUUUAUUGUUGUAAACAUGAUAAGCUUGUUGAUAUUCAAGGUGUUUGUGAAACUUGCAUAUUAUCUACUGCGACUAUAGAUAACUCGAAUGCCGAGAGUUCGAAAUUAUUGGUUGGUGAAUCGGUUGAAGAAGAAUCUGGAUCCAUGUUUGAUCGGGAUCCGUUACUCGGAACGAGUGACCGGAGGAUUGAUGGACACUGUUCUUGUUGUAGUGAGCGAUUUGUUUUAAAUUGUUAUGAUAAGAAUUUUGUAUUCACUGAAUCGACGACUCGGUCUAGGGCUGUUGAUUUUGAUGUGUUGGAUGAUGUUGAGAACAGUUUAUGUGAGAAAAGAAGUGCGAAGCCGGUUGUAUCAGUCAGAGAUGCGCGCGUGAGAAAUGAUCAUGUGGAUCGUUUGUCGCGUGUAGGUUAUACUGAACUUAAGAUUAAUUCUGAUACUGAGUCUGAAUAUGAAGUUCCUUUAUCGGAUGAUGAUGAUGUAAGUGUACCGGUUCAUAGGACAGAUGAUGCCGAAGAAGAUAUAAGGGUUCCACUAACAAAUGAUACCGAAGAAGAUACAAGGGUUCCGUGUGAAUAUGUGGAGCUUCCCAGUGUUGAUGAUUCAAAUGAGGAUCUGACUCCCGGGAAGCUCGGGACUUCAGCAUCUGUGUUUGAGCCAUUGUUGUCGGAACCAAGAAUGCAAGUAGAAAAUAUAGAUAUUGGUGGUAUCAAAACUGUAGCAGCAGCAGUGGAAAGUGGGGAUGGUUUGACAGAACUUAAAUGGCAGAAGAUUGAAAGAAGUGCUGUUUGUCCCUCUCCAAGUGAGGCUACUCCCUUCAACGAUGUUCCUACAUUAUCGAAUAAAACACGAAUGCCGGUUGAAGUAUCAAAAGAAAUCUAUGAUUUUAGAACUGAUGAAGAGGGAUUGACGUCUGAGCAAGGACCCAUCAUGGACAGGGAAGAAAAUAUUAAUUCAGGCAAUAAGCUAAAAGCAUCUGAAGAAGUUUCAGAACCAUCCCUUGUUUCUAGUGAUAUUGGUCAACAAAAUCCGAAUUUGCUUGAUCUUGGGGAUGCUUAUAAGCUUGCUGUCGGUAAUAGAGGAAGACAAUUGUCUGGCAUGCUUGCAGAACAUUGGCUCGGGAAAGAUUCCUCAAGAGUUAAUGAAGAUUUGAAGAUAUUGUUGUCACAAUUCUCUGCCACUCGAGGGACUGAUAUGUCUUUUAAUGAUAUAAGUCCUAGGUUGUCCAUAAAUAGCGAAGAAGCAAAGAGUUCUGAUGUUUCCAACUCUACUGGAAUGCAGAUACUUCAAAAAAUGAUUUCGCUUGAGCGAAAUGAGUCUGGUUUGUCUCUGGAUGGAAGCAUUGUCGGUGAAAUUGAAGGUGAAAGUCCGGUUGACAAGCUUAAAAGACAAGUUGAUCAUGACAGGAAACUUAUGAAUGCUUUGUAUAAAGAGCUGGAGGAAGAGAGAAAUGCUUCUGCAAUUGCUGCAAGUCAAGCUUUAGCCAUGAUCACUAGACUGCAGGAAGAAAAGGCGACAUUACAUAUGGAAGCCUUGCAGCACUUAAGGAUGAUGGAUGAGCAAUCAGAAUAUGAAAUGGAAGCUUUGCAAAAUGCGAAUGACCUUCUUGCCGAGAAGGAGAAGGAGAUAGAAGAGUUGGAAGCGAAGGUUGAGUUUUAUAGGAAGAGUUUCCCUAAUGAAAUGUUGUUGGAGAACACAGUGGAGAAAAACUCUGAAAUGAAGGUGAAAGAUAUUGGAUUGGAUCAUUCACAAUGUACUUUCACUGAAAAUAGUGAAAGCGUCCCUGAAAAAUCAGUUGCUGAAAAUCCUAACAAAACUGACAUUCUACUCGCGUCUUUGGAGGAAAAGAAUAUUCAAUCUGUAAACAGUUCACUAAUAGAGUUUCAAGAUGAAAAGCUAUAUAUUUCCCAACGUUUGAAGAAGUUGGAGAAGCAAGUAUACUUUUUCCUGAAUACUCACCAUUCUCAGGAUAAUUUGCAAAAUUCUGAAAAUAUUGGAAACAAAUAUCCAGGAAACUCUGAAAAGUUUGACAAUAAUCUUCCAACGGAGGAUUCUCUUUCGUCGUUUAAAUUAAGUUCAGAUACCAUGAUUGAUGACCCGUCAUCCAAGAAGCCUCCAGUUUGCAAGCAAAAUGGUGAAAUUGAAUACUCUGAAGGUAGUUCCGCUGUUCUCUGUGGUAAUAGCGAUUUAUCUUCUACUAGAAACGUGGUUUCCGAUUUUAUUGAAAGGUUACAAGCUCUUGAGGCAGACCAUAGCUUCCUUGAGCAUAGUAUCAACUUAUUGAGCGAAGGAGGCGAAGGACUUAAAUUAUUGCAGGAAAUAGCUAAUCGGCUGCAGCAAUUACGCAUUAUCGGGAUAAGGGAAAGAGAUCAUCCUGUCGCUUCACGAUGUAUAUAA